AUGGCACCCCCAAUCUCUCCCUCACUCGCUGCCUCCCUCCAAGCCUUCAUCAACAACGCCACAGCUGGCGAUAAAUCUGCCCUACCAGGCGCUAUCCCGCACAUCGUGGACAAAACCAACAAGACAUUAUUCCACCAUGCGGCAGGUGGCUCCGUGCCUCUCAAUGAAAACACAAUCUUCAUGUUCCACUCCCUCAGCAAAAUCAUCGGCGCGAUCGCCUUCACGCAACUUGUUGAAGCCAUCAUCACCACCCUUGACGACGUCUCUAUCACCUCAGCCCUCCUUCCCGAGCUCGCGGCUAAGAAGGAAACCAGGAAUAAAGUUGCGGAUCCGUAUACCACGAUUUUCGGCGCGCCGUUAUUGUGGCAGCCGGGGAGUCAUACGAAUAAUGGGAAACUCACGAAAACAUUCUUGGACGUCCUUCUAGAGGUAAACAUAUUCUUGAAGUUGGGGUUUAAGAAGACCGGGUAUGAAGAAACAUAUGGUGGAGAUAUCACGGGCCGGGAGAAGAGCUCGGACGCGUUUUGGCCGCGGAGUUUGAAGAUUCCCAAAGGUUUCCAGACCAAGGAACUCGCACGACUUCUAGGUAUCCUGAUGAAUGAGGGCGUCGACCCAGUGCCUAGAAUACACCUCCCCAGCCCCACCUCAGUCAAAGGAAUAUGCAGCCCCCAACUCCCACUGCAUAUCCGCAUCGACUCAAGAAGAGUGCUGUCCCCAGUCCAGGAAAUUAUCGAACCCGGGGGCCUUGAAUCAGCGAAUAUGGAUCCGGAGGGGAGUUUGGGGCUGGGUUGUGGUGUUCAGGGUGAAGAUAGAGCGUUGGCGGAUGAGAAGAAGGGAAGGGACAAGGGAAAUGUGUAUUGGUAUGGUGCUGCAAAUAGCGAGUUUUAG